CGCAAUUAUGAGAAGGGAUUGCGAAUUACACCGCGACGUUCGCGCUUCCCAGUGGAAUUGAGUUCAUAAUCAAUGGGUACUUAUCAUGGGGUCGGCUCUUAUUCUCGCCAUGUUACCUUCUCAAGAUAAUUCUAUCACCUGCGAACAGCUUAAUUCACUCAGUUUCGAAUACAUACAAGCAGAGCUCGCCAACUGGGAACAUAUCGUAUUUCAAGGUGACAUGGAUGACUCACGCAAACAGAGGGGAGCAUCUUCCAGCAGUGGCGAUCGUACCUCACAGCCAGUCAACAAUUCCGCCGAUAAUACAGGGACAGGACAUCACUUUCACGGUGCUGCACCACCUCAGGUUCCUCCUGAGGCAUAUAACUACCUCAUACAUGCAUUGCUUUCGAUGCAAGGAGCUAUACCACCCCAGACAGCACAUAACCAAUCGUCACCGUAUCCUCAAGGACAAUUCCCGGCGGGUCCUUCUACGUCCUCAGCUUUUCCAAAUGUGCCCCACCAAGCCGUGCACUCAAAUCUACCGCUUUCCAUGUCGUCUACCGGAUCUUUUUCACAAUUUCCCCCCGCUAUGAUGAGCCCACAGUCAGGCUUCCACAGUACGGUUAAUGAGCCUCCAGCGUUUGUGUCAUCAAAUGUGACCCCUUCAGAUGCAAGUGAUAAUGCAGACGAGGCUGCUGCAAUUGCUGAAGAUAAGCGCAGACGAAAUACUUCUGCUUCAGCCAGAUUCCGGAUCAAAAAGAAGCAGAAGACAUUCAACCUUGAGCGAACUGUUACCGACUUGACCGGCAGGACGGACGAAUUAGAGCGAGAGGCAUCGGAGCUGCGACGAGAGAAUAGCUGGUUGAAGGAAAUCGUGCUAUUAAAAAGCAGAAGAAGGGGCACUAUUGGUGGGUCGCAAUCCAGGAACUCCCAACAAGCAAGUACUUCGUCCGCACAGGGGGACAAUCACGAACGCUGAUCCGAGCAGCGACGAGGAAGACGGUCACGAGACACGCGAAGCGAAAUAAAACAACGUGUGGUCGAGGUUGGGCCAUUUGCACUAUAGCUUGUUGACUUGCGUGAGAGGCUUGUAUUCAAGACCAUAGAUGUCACCAAGAUGUUUUUCUUUCUGGGUGUGUUCAUCAUCCCCAUCUCUUAGUAUAAGUUCAGUAUAGCAGCCAGGAUUUUGUAGCAGCCAGAACUUUGUAGCACGUUCGCACAUUUGUAGGUGCCUUGUAAGGGCAAGAUCUAGACCAUUGUUAACGCUCACUAUAUAUAUUGAUGAGUCCAAUA